UGUGGACGUGAACUAAUCACGCCGAGAUUUCAUUACUUUUUAAUUUAAUAUAUAAGUAAUAUAAUCUUAGGCAAGUUAUUAUUUUAAGCUUUGUAAUCAAAUAUUACAUAUUUUCAUUAAUUUUUAUUGUAUACAUAUGUUUUCACAUAUAUGUAUUCUGCUACCAUGGUCACAAGCCACAACAACCCUAUAAAAGAAAACAGUUGUUGAUCAAUCUUGACAGAAAUAAACACACAUGCAUAUAUACAAGCAAAAGAAAAAUAAAAAGAACUGAUCAGAAGAAAGAAAAAAUGAAGAAGACAGGGAGAUCAGGGAAAGAGAGAAUAACAUCUCAAAAAGAAGAAGAAGAAGGAACAGUGAGGAAAGGGCCAUGGACUAUGGAAGAAGAUUUGAUCCUCUUUAAUUACAUACUUAAUCAUGGUGAAGGUCUUUGGAACUCUGUCGCCAAAGCCUCUGGUCUAAAACGUACGGGAAAGAGUUGUCGGCUCCGGUGGCUGAACUAUCUCAGACCAGAUGUGCGGCGAGGGAACAUAACAGCAGAAGAACAGCUUUUGAUCAUUCAACUUCAGGCUAAGCUUGGAAACAGGUGGUCGAAGAUUGCGAAACAUCUACCGGGGAGAACGGACAACGAGAUAAAGAAUUUCUGGAGGACAAAGAUUCAGAGACACAUGAAAUUGUCGUCGUCGGAAACUAUGAAUACUCGUCACUGCUUGGGAAGUUCACAGAGCUCGGUGAUGACAACAACGGACCAAGGCAGCAGCUCCAGCAAAGCUUUCCAUAUGGCUGAGAGUUUAAAAUCCACAGAGACGAUGACAACAUCAUAUAAUGUGAUGGAACAGUCUAACGACAGUUACUGGAGCGUUGAAGAUCUAUGGCCCGUCCAGUUGUUUAAUGAUGACCACCACCACCACCAAUUGCUUUAACUAUAUUACAAAUAUAAUGGAAUUUAAAUGAAUGAUUAUGAUGAAUUUGCUAAGUUCUUUGGUUUAGACAAAAAAAAUCACUA